CUUCCCCACGCCAGCGCCCCGUAGCCUGGAGGACCGUCGGGAAAGAAAGCCGGCCGGAUACGAACCCCCGGCUGCUUCCGGGCCUAGAUUCUGAGCCAGCGCCCUCGCUGGGCCGGAGGGGAAGUGACGCUGCUGCCGGAAUAUGGCGGCGACGGCGGCAAUCGCUUCGUCGACCACGGCCUCUGCCACGGCGACGGUCACUGCAGCGGCUCUCGGGGAGGUGGAGGAUGAAGGGCUCCUGGCAUCGCUGUUCCGAGACCGCUUCCCCGAGGCCCAGUGGCGGGAGCGGCCCGACGUGGGCCGCUACCUCCGGGAGUUGAGCGGCUCCGGGCUGGAGAGGCUGAGGCGCGAGCCCGAGCGCUUGGCGGAAGAGCGAGCGCAGCUGCUGCAGCAGACGCGCGACUUGGCCUUUGCCAACUACAAGACCUUCAUCCGAGGCGCCGAGUGCACCGAGCGCAUCCACCGCCUCUUUGGCGACGUGGAGGCGUCGCUGGGCCGCCUGCUCGACCGCUUGCCCAGCUUCCAGCAGAGCUGCAGAAACUUUGUCAAAGAGGCUGAGGAGAUCAGCUCCAACCGCCGGAUGAACACCCUGACUCUAAACCGGCACACAGAAAUCCUGGAAAUCCUGGAGAUUCCUCAGCUAAUGGACACCUGUGUCCGGAACAGCUAUUAUGAAGAGGCCCUGGAGCUUGCAGCCUACGUACACCGACUGGAAAGGAAAUACUCCUCCAUCCCUGUCAUCCAGGGCAUUGUGAACGAAGUGCGCCAGUCCAUGCAGCUGAUGCUGAGCCAGCUGAUCCAGCAGCUAAGAACCAACAUCCAGCUCCCUGCCUGCCUCCGUGUCAUUGGCUUCCUGCGGUGCAUGGAUGUCUUCACUGAGGCUGAGUUGAGGGUGAAGUUUCUUCAGGCCCGAGAUGCUUGGCUCCGUUCCAUCCUGACUGCCAUCCCCAAUGAUGAUCCCUAUUUCCACAUCACAAAAACCAUUGAGGCCUGCCGUGUCCAUCUGUUCGAUAUCAUCACCCAGUACCGUGCCAUAUUCUCCGAUGAGGACCCUUUGUUGCCCCCUGCCACGGGUGAGCACACUAUGAAUGAGAGUGCCAUCUUCUACGGCUGGGUGCUACAGAGAGUCUCACAGUUCCUGCAGGUGCUGGAGACCGACCUUCACCGGGGGAUUGGUGGUCGUCUAGACUCUUUGCUGGGUCAGUGCAUGUACUUUGGGCUGUCCUUCAGCCGGGUGGGGGUUGAUUUCCGGGGCCAGUUGGCUCCUGUUUUCCAGCGGGUGGCCAUCAGCACUUUCCAGAAAGCAAUUCAGGAAGCAGUGGAGAAGUUCCAGGAUGAAAUGAAUUCCUACACCCUCAUCUCAGCUCCAGCCAUCCUGGGCAGCAGUAAUCUGCCUGCUGCUGUGCCAGUCACUCAGCCAGGGACCCUGCAGCCACCCAUGGUGCUCUUAGAUUUCCCACCCCUCGCCUGCUUCCUCAACAAUAUUCUGGUUGCCUUCAAUGAUCUGCGCCUCUGCUGUCCUGUGGCCCUGGCACAGGGUGUGACUAGGGCCCUGGAGGACGCCCUUGCCAAGGUAACCAAAACAAUCCUGGCCUUCCAUCGCGCAGAAGAGGCUGCUUUCAGCAGUGGGGAGCAAGAGCUCUUUGUCCAGUUCUGCACUGUCUUCCUGGAAGACCUUGUUCCUUAUUUAAAUCGCUGUCUCCAAGUCCUUUUUCCACCAGCUCAGAUAGCACAGACCUUAGGCAUUCCACCCACUCAGCUCUCCAAGUAUGGAAACCUUGGGCAUGUGAACAUCGGCCUCGUCCAGGAGCCUCUUGCCUUCCUCCUGCCGAAGAGAGAGCUGGUCCUCUGUCUAGAUGAAAAGGAGCUGGUGCCGGAGCUCGCGGCUCCAGCACCCGCCGCCGAGGAGUCAGGCUUGGAGUCCGUCGCUGCAGCUCGCCCUGAGGAUGCGCAGGAGCAGGCGGACUCAGCCGAGGCGCCGCAAGCUGAGGCGCCCGGUGCGGAUCCCUAUCUGCGGGCCGCGCUGGCGCUCCCGGAAGGCGCGCGGGAACUCUGCUUCCCGGCGUCCCCCGCGACGGGAGGGCUCGCCUACCGGGGCCGGGGAGGGUGGCUGCGGUCGGGCGGCUGUGCUCGGCGCACCGGGGGCCGGAUGGGAGCCGGGCUGCUACUGGGGACGCUGCUGGCGCGGACGCGUCACUGCUUGGGGCCGGCCCCACCGUGGGGAGGGGGAGCGGCGGCCGGCGGCGCCCGGGCCUGCAGUUCUGCGCCCGCCCGGGACGGCCUCGAGGGCCCGGCGCGCCGGCGGUCCUACUGGCGCUACGUGCGGCGUCUGGUGCGGGGCGCGCCCGAGCCGCCGUACCCGCGCGUGUGCCAGGUCGGGGACCCGGCGCUGCGGGCCGUGGCGGCUCCGGUGGACCCGGCGCAGCUGGCGGGGCCCGAACUGCAGAAGCUGGUGCAGAGGUUGGUGCAGGUGAUGCGAAGCCGACGCUGCGUGGGCCUGAGCGCUCCGCAGCUCGGGGUGCCGCUGCAGGUGCUGGCUUUAGAGUUCCCCGAGGCGCUCUUCCGCGCCUGCGCGCCGCCCCUGCGCGAGGCCCGCCAGAUGGAGCCCUUCCCCCUGCGCGUGUUCGUGAACCCCCGCCUGCGGGUGCUAGACAGCCGCCUGGUCACCUUCCCUGAGGGCUGCGAGAGCGUCGCGGGCUUCCUGGCCUGCGUGCCCCGCUUCCAGGCCGUGCAGAUCACAGGGCUGGACCCCAAAGGGGAGCAGGUGGUGUGGCAGGCGAGUGGAUGGGCAGCACGUAUCAUCCAGCAUGAGAUGGACCACUUGCAGGGCUGCCUGUUCAUUGACAAAAUGGACAGCAAGACGUUUACAAACAUCUACUGGAUGGAGGUGAAUGAUUAAAAUUUUCCUGCUGCAUCUGAGGAUUCUGGAAAUGAAAACACAAACACUUGGGAUUUGAGCUGGGUAUGGCUUGCCCAUUUCCAACUUGAUAUUGGGCUGGCUCUGACAGAAAACAGUGAAUUGCCAAACCAGGUUGGAGGAAUAUAUCAAAAAUGUUUGCCCUGAAAUCAUCCAUGGACAAAAUAUUGCCUUCAACAUGAAAAGAAAAUGAACUCCCCCAAAGAGUAGACAUUUCCUGAUGAUUUUGUAUGGUAAAAAGUGGGGCAGAUAACCACUCCUAGUAGACAUGAUUUCAAAGACCUGUAUGAUCUAUCCCAAAGCCAAGAUUUGAUAAUGACAUAGUCCCAAAAUAUCUGAAAGCUGUUUAAAAAUGCAGGUUAAGACUACGGUUGACCAUCUUCACUGAGUUCUUAUUUUUACAAAGGGCUUGUGUGUCUUACCUGCAGAGUCCUUUGCCUUGGACAACAGUUUGCUUGUGUAAGUAAAACAGAACAGAAUGGCCACAGUUCAUGAAGUGUUUAAUGAGAGUAUUAACAUAAAUGGGUACCCGCACAUUUUACCAGGUUCACAAGUUUUGGUCUCCACCUUCUGCCUUUAACAGAUUUGGGGAUGAUUUUCCUGCAAAGAUUUCUCGGGCAGCUGCUAUUUGGCUCAUUCUUUUUGGUGGAGCUCAUGGAUCAGGGCUAGGGGAGGGCUGAUAGUUGACGAAGCAAUGAACCUCUUCCUGUCACAAUUAGAAAAGAAAGAGAAAGCAAAACUUGUGCUUCCUGGUCACCACACUUAUUUUGGAAAAAUAAAUUAGCAUCACCCUGGCCAAUGAUUAGCCUUAAGACACUGUCAGAGCUAUUUGCAAGAGGUGAAGGAACUUGUUUCUCUAGAUACUGGUCUUGCCUCAUUUCUAUGUUGAGUUUUGCAACAUGGGUACUCUUACCAGAGUCCUCAAAAUCCUAGGACCCGUGUAGUAAGUCCAGUAAGUUGCUUAGAAAAAACUUGUUUUAAACAGUAGUUAACUAAACGAACCCGGUAUGGCUUUCUCUAAACAGGCCACCCUCUGGGGGCCUAAGAGGUCAAGCAAAAGGGAACUGGCUCUCUCUGCAUUAAACUUUGGAAGGGAGUAAGAGCCGGCACUGCUCCAAGGUGAGGUUAGAUACUCCGCCACUGGGAAAGUCUGUAGAAAACUCUCAUUUAUACUAAAAACAUGGAUCCUUAUGAAAAUGAGGAUUCAGUGACCCUCCUUUCCCUUGGACAAUGUUCAGAAGCUCCUGCAGGGUGGCUUCAGGAUACUCAGAAGCUUCCUUACAGUGCUCUGAAGUUAACAGUCCUUACCGAUGCCUUUGUAAUGUAGAUCAGUAACAUUUGCCUGCAGCUUCCUGACCUGGGGACCCAAGAGUACGUGGUUGCUCAGAGUGGACCUUGGAGAAAGCCUGAAACUAUUACUGACAACAUGAGGUUUACUACUGUAACCAAAUCCACCAAGGAGGAUUUGUGCAACUAGCUACUACAGCCCAAAGCAGCAAAUCUGCAUUUCUAAUAAAAUCUCACCCACCUCAGGGAGAUGUAUCAGCCACAAUAACCACACAUACAAAUCAGCAUCUUGAGCUAAGGAAAGUUUUAGAAGUCAACUACCGAAGUCAAAGCCAAGGUAAACAGAAGGUUUAGGCCAGAAUUCCCAAGUAGGGAAGAGUGAAUUUCAGAGUUAGCAUUUAGGGGAGGAAAUACAUGGCUCUCCUCUGCACCUGUGAGCCAUGUAUAACAUGGAUGGUGAGGCAUGCCAUCAGUCUGAGGUGACUUCGGCCUCACAUGUGAGUAGGACAUCCAUCACCCUGCAUCCUGUCACCAGUGGUGGAGAGAAGAAUGGAGAGGCGUAGCAUCUGUGAUAGCCGUGACCAGAGCUAUGAAGAUGAACCACAGCAGCCCCAGUUUCUGUUAACCCCUGUGACUUGCCAAGGCGUCUGAGCAGUAGAAAGGAAGAUUUUAAAAAUAAAGCAAGGACCUUCUGAGUCAAGUAAAGGUGACUGGAGGUAGAGUAAGAAAACACAAGUAGCUAAAAUGAAGGAGUACGAGUCGGGCAGUGUCCUGUGCUGGCUUCUAGUCCAGCAUUCACCAACAUUAACUGGUGGCUCAGGGCACCUAACUAAAGCGAGAGCCACGGGAACUCCUGAGUGACAAAGAUGCCAGCCACGGAUGCUGCCAAGGCGUCACCUGGUCAGGCCUGCUGAGGCACCUGGUAUUGAGGCAGGGCUAACAUACCCACACUGGAGAGGAGCAUUUGGGCCCAAGCCUUCAAGGAACCAACAAAAGUUGACUCAAUUCAGCCAUUCCUAACCAAAUCAAAGACCACCAUGGUGCAAGGCUACUGUGAUCUAAGAGUUGGCCACAUCAUCAGUUCUGGACAAUCUGGGUUUUAGUAAGACCUGGAGCCAUAAUCACAGCUUUUGGAGGGGAAGGGAAAGUAGACCAGCCAGAUGGCAGGCCUUUUGUGUAUUCCUAUGCACACUAUCAAGCAGCACGGCCUCCUACUCAGCAUUUUUAGGGCUGCCAGGUCUAGAGCCUUGGGGGGCGGAGCGGGAGGGUGUCUCAAGAUCAGGAGUCACAGAUUCAAAUGGCCACAGGAGCUCGGCAGGCAACCUGGAGGACUGAAGCAGUGCGUGUGGAGGUGGUGAGCUGGAGAGAGUGUUCUGCUUCUGAGCAUGGCAGCCCCUCCUUGGCUGUGGCUGACAGGCUGCCUCAUGGGGACGCAGGCCCAGCACUGCCUCAUCUCCCAGAAGCCAGAAAUCUGCAUUUUCACAUCAACUCUUGAUUUUUCAAUGUUGGCAGCAGACCAAACCAAACACAGCUGCAGGCCAUGUUUGGGCCACAGGCCUCCCAGUCCGCAGGAAGAACUGUCCAGGUGCCACAUGGGCAAGGCCCCGGGGGUGGGGGUGGGGUGUCUGGCCAGCCUGACCAGAGAACAGGCGUGGGGACUGCGGCAGGUUGGCAAUGCCCUCCUCCGAUGGAGAGAAGAGUGUGGAGAGAAAACCAGGGGGUCUUUCUAAUGGAAGCAAGCAUGGCCUUCAAGGAGCCCAGAUAAGAAUCAAAGAUGAGAUCACUCAGGUGGCUCAAGAGGGAAAAGGAUUUAUUAGCCCAUUUCCAGGGCAGGGAGCCAGGGGCAGUGGCAGGGUUCAGUGUUCCCACAUUGAGAGGGAAGAAAACGCAGCAGUAAAACCCACCUGACUACCUUCACUCCUUCUGAGCUAGAGCUUUGUGCUCAAAAACCACCCUCUCCUCCUGCAGGGGGGACAUAUGGCCCGAGAUGCUGACCUAGGAGGGUGGGAAUGGCUUGGUUAUACUCUUGGCCUUCACGGGCAGGGCUUGGGCUGGCACCCCAGGGCAUCAGCCACUGUGUUCACAAGUAGUAAAAUUCGGGUUAGAAGGGACAGGCGGAGGGAGCUGCAGGCCAUCCUGAAGGUCUGCAGCAACCCCACAGUACGGGCUGCUCCCACUCCUUGACGCUUCUGGGAGAUCUGAACUUUAUUUAUAAACAAGACAAAAAUCCAAGCAGCAUUAAUUUAGGGGAACAAAGAAAGGUUUAAAAAA